AUGGAGGAUAUAUUGGGGAGCGGAGGAGGGCGGGAUGUGGCUCUAGGGAAGGGGGAUGCGGCGGAAGGACGGGAAGGGACAGAAGGGAAAGUAGGGAUGGACGGAAGUGUAAGGGGUCAGGGAGGCUGGGAGGUGGUGUUGGAAGAGGUAACAUGGAAGGAGGAGAUGGGCUGCUUGCACCAACCCAGAAAAGAUCGCCAUGUGGCAGUCUCUGAUUGGCAGGCGCACACGGUCUAUCACGGGUAUUGCCCGGAAGAUCCCCAGGUUUUGUGGUUUUGGGAAGUUGUGGAGUCGCUUUCGGGUGAGCAGCGGAAGUCCCUGCUGUUUUUUGCGACAGCUGUUUCGAAUCUGCCCGUGAAUGGGUUCAAGGGGCUCACAAUGGGGUUUCAUCUGCAUCGGGCAGAUGUGGAUCUUUCGCGCCUGCCCACGGCACACACGUGCUUUCACCAGUUUCUGCUUCCCCCAUAUGAGAGCAUAGAGAUGAUGCGUACGCGUUUGCUCACUCUCAAAAUUGGAGAGGACGUAUUUUACCAAAUUGACUGUGAUGCCUUGCCAUUGGAAAACGUCGAUCCUCCACCAGAGAUGAACGUCAGACGUGCGGAGGAGGACGCAGAACCCAUCGCGAUGGAUUUUUCACCAUUCAAGGAACAUCUCGUUUCUUUAUUGGACUUCGAAACAGCGUGCAAUUCAUCAACAUCUUCGAAGCGCGGCAAGCCACACACGAUGGACAAUUUCUGUCCCAUGGACCCUCCGUGUAUCCUGGACGAUCCCAUUAAUCCCGGUCGUUCCAUGACGGAUCCGUCGACGCUUAUGAAGAAGAUGGAUCUGAUGAAACCAUCUGAAGACGCCAUGAGUGGCCUUUUAAACAGCCGUAUUAACAUGAUGUCGCUGCUGGGUCCAGGUCGAAUGGCAAUAGAUCAAGUUAAGCCGACGUACACAGAGACACUAUGCAAGGUUUUGGAGGAGCCAAGUACCUCUGCUCAAGGUGCAGUCACGAGCGAAGUUAUUCCGCUGCUUGAUGUGCCAUUCCCAUCACUCAGCCAGUCACCAAUGGUUGAGAAGCUGGCUAUGGAGUUGAUUUGCAAAGAGAAGACACUUCGCCUUGACGCCCUUCCCUCCAUGAGCGCGUCAAUGAAAGACUUCAACGAGCUGGUUGUGGCUCCUCAGCUCACUUUCAACUGUGGUGGAAUUCGAUCUCUUCCAGUUCCACUUCUGCAGCAGGAGGAAUUUCAAGGAGAUGGCAAUCUCCUACCUGUCACUGCGUUCUUAUCUCUAAGCGAGUCGCUGAGGCCGAAUCUGACAAUGGCUUCUCGUGCAAGAGAUUUCCUGUACCUGGAUUGGCAUCUGUCGCAAGAUUUCAAGUCUUGCACUUCAUGCAGUUGCUCCAAUGCUGGCUGCAAGCUAUCUUUUCAGAGAGUUAAGCUGCUCCAAUCAGAGCCACCACAAUCUGACUCGCUGUUUUCUCUGAUUGAUGAUAGGAUGCCGUGCAUACCUGCACAAAUUAUCUCAGGGAUUGAGGAAAGAAUGAUGCUGCCAUCAGCCCUGGUUCAGAUGGUGUAUUCAGCUUCGAUCUCUCCAUCACAACAUGCCUCUCAUGUUGCUACUGCUCCACAGCCGCCAUGCCAGCCUCAGAAUCUGCUGUGGUCGCUGAAUAAGGAAGCCAAGACUUCUGUGAAGCCCUUUCGCCUGGAGCAGGAGGUCAGCCGAUUUAUUAAGGAAGAAAUUUCUCGGCGGGCUUCCGGCAAGCCAUCACAGGACCGUGUGCUGCAACAGCUGAAAUGCUUGUACAUGCUUCACCAGACUGCAAUGCUCUGCUGGCAGUACGGUAUCCGCGUCGCUCAUCUGUUUCUGGAACAGGGGUUGGAAGUAGCCUCAAUUGCUCACCUCGCACCGCUCUUCAAGAGGACCAGAGAAGCACUGGCAUCAGCAUUUGAGCUGGUGGAGGGUGGUGCAACGGUGGAUCACCCGAAGCUCUCCAUGCUGACCUCUAUCCUCCGAGCCCAUAAAAAGACCUGCCAGUUACUAGAGCCGAAGGGCUCUACAGCUUCCACAGGUUCUGCAAAUGUGCUGAUUGUUGCUGAGAACAUGGCGUUCUUCACCAUGUACAAGCUGCUGGGCACAUGCCAGUUCCAGCCCUUCCAGCUUGGACGUGCUGGAGCGCUCAGUGGGAUGGAUGGGAGAGGGGUAUCAGAGGGGAAGUGGGAGAGCAUGCACCGGGAGGUGAACGAAGCACUUGAGGUUUCAGACUGUCUCCUGGUUUCACCCAAAUAUCUGGUGCCUUCGUUUCCACUGACCAAGUUCAGUAUGGUCAUUAUUUACAGUGAUAUUGUGGAAGCACAAGACCUGCAUGUCUUCAGUUCCAUCAGCGAAAAAAUCCAUAUUCUUUCUGUGGAAGACCCUGAAGAAGUAUUGCUAACGAAGACCAUGCCUACACAAGCUGAAAAGAAUGUGCACCCAAUUACUGCUGAGAAGGUUCAGCACAUAGAGCAACGGAAACCAGAUCCUCCUACAUUAUUCACCUUGAUAGCGAGCCAGAAGACUGUUAUGAUGAAAUCGCCAUAG